AUGGCUGGUGGUCCCGCUGUUGCAUCGGAUGGCGCUGGCUAUAGGCAGUUUAUUACAGAUACUCGGCCAUGGUACAAGAACAAACGCAUUAUUGCCCUUAAUUUAUGCAUCUGCUUGCUACUCAUCACAUCGUCGACGAACGGUUACGAUGGUAGUAUGAUGAGUGGGUAUAUCCUUUCGUCAUUUGAAGUGGAGUACUCAAGUGUCACGGCUUGGGAAGAUGAAUUCCACACCCCGCAUGGAGGCAAAAACAUCGGGUCUCUCGCCGCAUACCCCUUCGCUCCAUACUUCGCUGAUGGCUUUGGUCGUCGCCCAACCAUUUUCUUCGGAGCAUGUAUCAUGGUAGCCGCUACCAUUCUGCAAACGGCGGCACACUCCUUCGGAAUGUUUAUCGGUGCACGAUUCCUCAUUGGCUUUGGUCUCACAUUCGCCGCAGCAGCUGCCCCUCUUCUCGUCACGGAAAUCGCAUAUCCAACUCAACGUGCUCAGGCGACCUCCAUGUACAACACACUCUGGUAUCUCGGAAGUAUAAUUGCGGCGUGGACAACCUUUGGCACGUUCCGCAUCAACAACAACUGGGCAUGGCGCAUUCCCUCCGCUUUGCAAGGCUUGCCGUCGGUUCUCCAAAUUUUCCUCAUUUGGCUGGUCCCCGAGUCUCCUCGUUUCCUCGUCAGCAAAGGACGUGAAGCCGAGGCACUUAAGACUUUGGCGUAUUACCACGCAAAUAGCAACCAAAAUGACCCGCUCGUCCAAUACGAGUUCGAGGAGAUCAAAGCUGCCAUUGCCUUCGAUCGAGAUGUUGCCGCUAACGUCGGAUGGCUUUCUUUGUUCAAGUCUGCGGGUAACCGCCGCCGUAUGCGCAUUAUUAUUGCCAUCGCUUUCUUCUCACAGUGGUCUGGCAACGGUCUGGUAUCUUACUACCUCAACAAGGUUUUCAUCAGUAUUGGAAUCACCGACAACAGUACCCAGCUUCUCAUCAAUGGUAUCUUGAACAUCUGGAACUUUAUCAUCGCCAUCGGUGCCGGAUUCUUGUGUGAGAGAGUUGGACGCAGACGCCUGUUCAUGACAUCGACUAUCGGCAUGUUGAUCUUCUGGACUCUCCAAUCUGUCUGCCUUGCCUUCACCCCUCUUAUUGUAUCAUACACCGUUGAAAUUCUACCUUACUCGCUCCGUGCUAAAGGAUUCACCAUUUUCAACUUCUCAAUUUCGUUGUCUCUCAUCUUCAACCAAUACGUCAACCCAAUUGCUCUUGCACACCUCGGCUGGAAGUACUAUAUGGUGUACGUUGCCUGGAUUGCAUUCGAAGUCGUAUUCUGCUACUUCUUCAUCAUUGAAACCAAAGGGCUCAGUCUUGAGGAAACUGCUGCACUAUUCGACGGCGACGAAACUGUCAAUAUGAUCACCGGAACAGCUCAUGUUGGAACAACCGGAGAGAAGGACAUUGACAACGACAGCAACGAGAAGAUCUCUGACACUCGAAUUGAGUGA